AUGAACGAGGGGAAGGAAAAGAAGGAGCCAGCGCGAGCCGCACUCAGCUGCCUGGAAUGCCGGCGCCGGAAACAGAAGUGCAGUCGCGAGUGGCCGUGUAAUCACUGCGCGGCACGCAAGCUAUCACACCUCUGUCGCUUCUCUGCUGCUAAGGAUUGCACAAACCAGUCCAUCGAGGACCAACAGCAAAGCCGCAAGCGCAGCCAUAAUGGCGAGGACGAUGAUUCAGCUAUUGACGUUGGCAUUCCGCACAACGAUGUUUUCACUCAUAUCGAGACUCACCUGCCCGAAUACAAUCUAUCUAAGCUAGCUAGCGAGGUGUGGUUGUCUAGUCAAGUGCAGCCUAAAACGACCGCCCAACAUGGGGAGCUUCAGCGAGCCAUUAGGGUCCUUCCAUCUCGCUCGAUAACUGAUUCCCUGGUUCAACAUUUUCUGGGCACGGUCAACUAUACAUAUGACGCCAUCUAUGCGCCAACCUUUCUAGAGGACUACACUCGCUGGUGGGCUGAUAGGGCUGCGAGACGGCCCCUGUCUCCUGAGUUCACAUGUCUUCUCGUUAGAGCAUGCUCUCAUGUCGCUCAGUACCUAAGUCCCGCCAUGCGAGAGAGUCUAGAGUUCGAGCUUGCGGAGUCUGCAUCCACAUUAUCGGAAAGGCUUCAUCAAGCGGCUGAGGCUCUCAGCAGCACGUUCACACCUGGUGAGAAGGGCAUUACACAAGUCCAACAGCUGUUUCUUGUGGUGGUCUAUCUCAAAGGUGAAGGGAGGUUCAUAGACGCAUGGCAUGCGAUGGCAACGUGCGUGCGAGAAGCCCAAGAGCAGGGCUUGCACUUGGAUGACAGAUCCCUUGACAUUUCAGAGUAUGAGCGAGAAAUGAGGCGCCGGCUCUGGACCAUCAUCUAUGUCUGGGACUGGUUGAUGUCCAAGUGGCUCGGCAGGCCGCUACUGGCAGACCCUGACAGCUGCACAUUCCAACUUCCAACGCUUCAGCUCGAAUUCGAUCCCGAGAAACCCGAUGUACCGUCACCUUUCGCACACUUGAAUAUACAGGUCGAGCUCAUUCGUCGCAUAACUCCUGCACUCAGAAACGCCGAUGUUGACCCAUCAGAAGACAAAGUAAAGGAUUUGCGCAAAAUACUCGACGACUGGUCGGCUUCACUUGCGCCGGUAUGGUCAUACGAAGCUCCUGACACUUCUUGGGAUGACGCUUAUCCUAAUAUCAAGUGGCAGCGCGAAUUACUACACGGCACUGCUGCCAUGAUUGCGCUUAUACCGUUCAGGCCCUAUCUGACACGCAAUGCCGUCGCAGAAAACCCAGAAACUCAAGCUUGGUUUCUUGGUCUGGGUAUCGAGGUCUGCAUCUUGAACAUGGACCUCGUCAAAAGGGCGUACGCAUACAUGUCUUUAUAUAGCCCGAAGCACUUCUACAUCAACUUCAUUUUUUUCGACAUUACCACGGUUUUGAUUUCAGCUCUCAUACACGACCCAAAGCAGUUAUUACCCGGGCGCGAAGCGGCCCUGCGAGCUGUCAACACCGGUCUUGAUAACUUGGGAACGAUGGCUAAGUUCUCCAAGGCUGGGGCAACAUCUAGCGCCUUUGUGACGAAGCUUGCCCAGUCCAUACCACUAUCGAAGGAGGAGCGUUCAAGGUGGUCUUUCGGGUCGAGAAAGCGUCCCAAAACCGAUCAUUUCUGGCCGAAAUCUCAAACCACUUAUGAUCCGGUGCUACAUAAAGGUCUUUUUGUUAGUGGCUCAGACCCUUCUCCAGCGACAAGCGAAUCAGUUUCUCAAUCUGUCAGCAGUAAUGAGACUCUGCAAGAAUCGGUAGUUGUUCCCAGUCUCCAAGACUUCGAGUGUACAGAUUUUGGUGUUAUUGAGGAGCUGUGGGAUUGGCAAGCGCUGAACCUUGAUCUUUCGGCCGGAGGCAUGUUGGCAGAGCAACCGGGACUCCUGCAUCUACCACUGACAUGA